GUUAGCCUAUACGCGUCGUGAUCCGAAACGAUGAUGACGACAAUGACGAAGACCAUGAGCUUAUUACGUGGUGACCGUGGUCGGCAAAUGUAUCGUCAAAAGAAUAACAUCGAGACUAAUCUGGCUUAAAUAUAGAAUUCGUUUGCCGAGGAAGUCGACAAAAGCAGGUAUCAUGAAACUCAGCGUCACAUCUUUUCGAGCUCAUUCAUCAGCUCAGAAAAAGAUAUUAAAAUAUCAAAAUCAACUCAACUACGUGACACCACAUGUAUCCGUGGUUCCAAAUAUCAACUCAUCGUCUUCAACAUUUAACGUCGGACAAAUGAUGGUCGACAGUACGGGAAUGAGAACGGACAAUAUAAAGCCUGGAACGCCCAUUACGUCUGAAACAUCUAGCUCAAAAAAUACCAAUGAUAGUUCCACCGCUAAUGUCAAACACAGUUCAACAGCUGUCGAAAAGAUUGUACCAUCCAGGAACCGAACCGAAACUGGAACCGUACAAUUCAUCAAGGUUUCGGUCCCUGAUUUAAAAAGCAGAAGCAAUCAAAGAUGGAUGAAACUCAGAACCACUGUGCAGCUGUCUAGUGCUAUUUCAUCGACGAUAAAGACAUCGAAGCCAACGCUACAGAGAGAGGAUUCAUUCAUCAAGCGAUUUUCCACGCGACAAGUGGCCGAAAAACAGGAAACAUUGGACACCGGUGAUGAUGGCGAAUGCAGUUCCGGUUCGCAGGACAACAUCGAGUACAUGCGCCGGAAACGCCGGUUGCGCAGGAAGCAAAACAAACUGCCGUGGUCCGUCGUCAACCCGGACGAGAACUUCUACUUCAACUGGCUAAUGGUGUUGACCGGCUGCACCCUGUACAACCUAUGGACGGCCAUCGUCCGGCAAAGCCUGCCCGAACUGCAGCACAUGGCGUCCGGCUGGUGGUCGGCCAUGGACGCGUUCAGCGACAUCGUGUUCCUGUUAGAUGUAGCCGUUCAGUUCCGCACAGGUUACCUGGAACAGGGCCUGAUGGUGUACAACACCAGAAAAUUGGCCGGCCAUUACAUCCGGUCCCGGUCGUUCCUGUUCGACCUUAUAGCCCUCACGCCACUUGACUUGCUCCAGCUUAAGAUUGGCGUGCACCCCAUACUCCGGUUCCCCCGAUUCAUCAAGGUGUACAGAGUGUAUGAUUAUUACUAUAUGGUGGAAUCAAGAACUGUUUAUCCAAAUUUUUGGAGAGUGAUCAAUUUAAUUCACAUUUUAUUGAUACUGGCUCAUUGGUUUGGAUGUUUUUAUUACCUAUUAUCGGAAGCAGAAGGAUUCAAAGGUGAUUGGGUGUAUCCAUAUAAGCCAGGAGACUAUGCUACAUUAACUAGAAAGUACUUGGGUUCGUUGUACUGGUCCACUCUGACGUUAACCACUAUAGGCGAUCUACCCACACCAGAAACCAACGCCGAAUAUGUUUUUACUAUCGUCAGUUAUUUGAUUGGAGUAUUCAUAUUCGCUACCAUUGUCGGACAGGUGGGUAACGUGAUAACGAACAGAAAUGCAAACAGGUUGGAGUUUGAACGGUUAUUGGACGGUGCCAAAUUGUACAUGCGACAUCAUAAGGUGCCUAGUGGCAUGAAAAAGAGAGUGCUGAGAUGGUACGACUACUCUUGGUCCAGGGGCCGUAUUCAGGGAGGUGGUGAUAUAAAUACAGCACUGGGUCUUCUUCCAGAUAAACUAAAAACCGAACUAGCGUUACACGUGAAUUUAGCGGUUUUGAAAAAAGUUACAAUAUUUCAAGAAUGCCAACCCGAAUUUCUACACGACUUAGUUCUUAAAAUGAAAGCUUACAUAUUUACACCUGGAGACUUAAUAUGCCGGAAAGGAGAAGUGGCCAGAGAAAUGUUCAUCAUAGCCGAUGGAAUUUUAGAAGUUAUUAGUAGUGAAACUGGACAUGUUUUGACAAUUAUGAAAGCUGGUGAUUUCUUUGGAGAAAUAGGAAUACUCAACUUGGAUGGAUUUAAUAAGAGAACUGCUGAUGUACGAUCUGUAGGAUAUUCAGAACUAUUUAGUUUAUCUCGUGAAGAUGUUCUUGCAGCAAUGAAGGAUUACCCAGAAGCUCAAGAUAUUCUUCAGACUCUUGGUAAAAAACGUUUAAUGGAAGCAAGAAAUGCAAAUAAAGCUGUGGCCGAUCGUAUAAAAUCUCGAGCUGAAGCUGCAGAAAAUUGUAGUGGUAUUGUAGAAAAAAUUCGUAGUGAUGUCAAAGGACUUCGAAAUGCAUUUUCAAAAGGGCGUCGUGGCACUAGAACUGUAGUAGAAGAGAGUAUGGAGCUACAGCCAUUGACUAGUAGUGGUCGCAAGUCAGAAAAUACGAGCAGUAAAAGUAUUUUAAGAAGAAUGCCUCGCGUAUGGAGUGACGAGUUAGCCUCUGGAACUGAUCAUAGUGAUGAAGACCCAAGGCCAUUAUCUCCGGGUAUUCCAAUACUAAAUAAAGCAAAAUCAGAAAAGGAACCCCGGGCCGGUGAAUUUAAAAAGUGUUUACUAUCACCUCCACCUACUACUGCAUCUGAAACUCGAAAAGAAUCAAUGAAUCAAGAAGUAAUUGGUGCUGGACUUCCGUUAUUACAGAGACUUUUAAUUCUCAAACAAAAAAAUGACCAAGAGACUGUAAUGGAAAAUAGAUCAAAGAAAAUUGAACCAGAAAUAACUACUUUGAAAGUAAAAUCUAAUGUCAAAUUAAAAACUCCGAAGAAAGAAAACCCAAAAGCAGUAAGUCUAAAGCAACGACUGUCAGAUGUUCAUACUAGACCUAGAAAACCGACAACGAACACUAAAUUGUGGACCCUUCUGAAGAAAGCCACGGUUCUUACACCAAAAUCUAAAUUACAAGACUUAAGAUUGAAUAGCGAGGUCCCAUGUCAAUCGUCAUCUCUUCAAUCGAACAUCAAACCUUCUACCGAAUUCACCAAUACAAAUAUCGGUAGUUCCGAAAGCAAGUUCAUUGCAAUGUGCCAAAAAUUAGAUGACCAAUACAAACAGGGCUCAUUGAUUGCUCAAAACAUAUCGGCUCACAAUAAUUUAACAAAUAAAUGUACUGAAAAUAAUAUUAUUAAGGAACAAUGUGAUAUUAGACUAAUGCAAAGACCUAAAGUUUUGCAUCUAGAUGGCAAAAACAGACGUUAUGAUUCGAUAAAUGAUUUGUCGCCUGAGUAUUCAGGCCUGUCAUUUGUUAAGAAAUUGAAAAUAUUGAAUGAACGGCAAAAACUAGCGGAACUUGAAGCAAAAGCUUUUUUGAGAAGUGCAAGUCUAGAUUCUGCUGGGUGCAAAAAUGUGGAUGAUUCGUACUGUAACCAAUUAACUCGAAGCCACUCAGAGGCAGUAGCUUUAGAGGUGGUUUUAAGGAACCAAAAAUUGCGUAAGCCAGAACCGUCAAGUAUUACACCUGAUGAAUCUAACGAAACGGCUGAGCGAUUACGGCUUAAGAAUAUCCUAAAAAAGUUAUCAUCUAAUUGUUUUGGCAAUGAAAGAGUUAACCAAUUAAUGACAUCACAAACUAUAGAAGGGUAUGCUGCCAGGCAUUCCAAACUGACUAGAAACGUUACGUUCAAUCCACAUAAGACGAUAGAAUCGUCACCAGAUUCUUGUAGUUCUUUAUUCGGGAUUCAAGACAGUAUAUCUUCGCAGUGUAAAAACUCUAAUCUAAUUCCACUGGAUUUGUCUUUUAAGACUGACUUGCAAAAGUCUUCCCAAACUACAUCAAAUGCAAAACUAUCCAAACGACUGUCUACCGACACAAUACAAUAUACACCAAAACGGCCAGAUGUUAAAGAAAAUUGUUGCAAUGAAAUAUUAAAUGGCGUAAAAACAAUAGUCGAGAAAUGUUUAAAUGACAUUGAAGGUAAAUAUCGAGAUAAAAUAGAUGAACUCGAAUCGGAAAUUAAUAAACGAGAUUACACAAUAAGUACGCUCUGUGAACAAUUCAAUCAGAAAUUAAGCGAUGAACCUAUUGAUGAAAGAAAGUUAGGAGCUUUACUUGAUAAUUAUUCAAAAAAUAUAGAAGAAUAUGAAGAUAAUCCAUUUAUAAGAAACGAUUCAGUAGAUACAGUGAUGUAUCCAAAGAUUUCUUCGUUUAACAGCUUAUCACCAUUCGCCAUAGAAGAUCUUGGAUGUUAUAACUCCAGUUCUCACAGUCCAGCUUUAUUAUCAAAUAAAUCUUGGGAAGAUCGAUCGGCAGAAGAGAACAUGGAACUACGAGAUCUACCCAAAUCAAUUAUUCCGGAACCAUCGUGGUAUCACGGUGAAACUAGAAUUGAUAUGAACUGUACAGAUGAUGAGGAAGAAGAAUUUCCACCGAGAUGGGAAAAUUGGGAGGCGGAAAUGUUAGUUGGGCACACAAAUCAUACUGACCUCAAUAUGGAUUCUAGGCUUUUGAGCCAAAGAUCUUUGGAUGAAAAAAGUAUGAUUGUGCACAAAGGACUUCAGGGAAGAAGAAGGUGUUUAUCGAUUGAUAAUGUACCAUUUUCUAAUUCGAUAUUAAGGAACUUUGGGCAGUAUGUUCGUUUGGGUAGUUCGUCACAAACUCCUUCACCCGAUAUACUUCCAACUAUAUCUAAGAGUUGUUUUUCAUUAAUAUCACAGCCGGAAAAAUAGAACAAAAUAGAAAAUAUUAAA